AAAUGAUAGAAGAAAGUCGACAACAUCCCUUGAAGACAAGAAUCUACACAACAAUGAUUGGAAAAAGAUCAACUUUAAAGAAAUUAAAAUUUUAUGUGGAAGAGAAGAAAAUUUCAAAUUAUAAAAUUUUUACCUUAACUCAAGGAAGAACGUUUAGAUGGGUUUUGGCGUGGACAUUUUUUGAAAAUAUUAAUUUGGAUUUGAAAGAAAAUAAAUUUUAAAAGAAAUUCUAAAUUUUGGUUUAUUUUUAAUUUGUUUCUUUCAAUUUUAUAUUUUUUUUUAAAUUUUUCUUUAUUCGUCCUUUUAUGGGACUUUUAUGUAGUCUUUUGGAAAUGUAUGCGGCCUGUGAAGGUGUUAAUGGGAUUUUUUAAUGUUUGCCGGCUAUCCCUGGACCCUAGGUUUCUUUUAUGGAUGAGUCUGGCACCCAAAACCUGGGCUUUCUU